AUGGCUUUAUCUACUCCCUUCCCUGCUUUUUUCCUCUUUGCAUCAACCUUUUGUUUUUUUCUUGUUCUUUCCUCAUCUUCAUCGUCUCCGAUAGCCCUUCCAAUUUAUCAUAUCAAAAAGUUUAUUAGAUUACAAAUGGACUCUGAGUCAUAUGCUUUAACAAGCUUGGCUCGUGAUGAGGAAAGGCUCAAGCAUUUGACAAUUCUCCCUAGUGUAGGUCCUGGACAGUCACCUUCAUCAGAGCAUGUAGUUGUACUACGGAUUGGCGAGGAAAAGAUACUAACCCAGCUGCUCUUGGACACUGGCUCUUCAAUUAUUUGGUGGCAGUGCUAUCCAUGCGAAAAAUGUUAUAAUCAGAGAAAUAUACCCAAAUAUAAUCGAAUGAGGUCUCACUCAUUUGAAUAUAUUGGAUGCUCUUCAAACAAAUGUGAUCAAAGUCACCCGGAUACAAGUUGUUCACCACAAGGGCGGUGCUUUUAUCGUAUUAAAUAUUUAGAUAAUGAUACUACUUCGGGGGUUCUUGCGAUUGAAGAACUGUCAAGUUUAGAUGGCCGUUUUUCAUACAGACUGGGGUAUAUUGUCUUGAAUUUGCACCUUUGGAUCGAUCACUAA